AUGUCAUCUGUUGUCACUCGGUUUUACCCGACAUACAGAAUGCCCAUCGCUACUUCUUACCCUUCCGAACUUCCAAAGGUGGGAAUUAAUGGGUUCGGCCGUAUUGGUCGAGCUCUCUUCCGACUCCUGCUUGAGCGAGAUGACCUACAUCUUGUGGCUGUCAACCAUACCGCCCAUUCCCUCGAACACCUGAUGACAGCGAUUAUGCACGAUUCAACUCAUGGGUACUUCAGGAUUGGCAAAGAGCUAUCUAUCUGUCCUGAUGAUCACGCAGAACUACUUCCAGCUACACCUAAUAACCCUCGACCAUCUGCAUUGCUGUUCCGCGGAAGGAUCAUCCAUCUUUUCUCCGAACGAGACGCCACCAAACUCGACUGGUCCUCCGCUGGAGCAGAGUAUAUAAUGGAGUCCACAGGGAAAUUGGUAACAAAAGAGAAAGCCGAUGUGCAUAUCAAAUAUGGGAAGGCCAAAAAGGUUUUGAUAUCGGCACCAAGCAAGGACACAUUGAAUUGCGUCUAUGGUGUGAACCAUCACGUCUACACUGGUGAGGACGAUAUCCUGAGUAAUGCGUCUUGUACUACAAAUUGUCUCGCCCCAUUGGCGCUUGUGCUGCAGCGAGCUUUUGGCGUGGAGACUGGUAUGAUGACCACCAUACAUGCUAGUACUGCAAGUCAGAAAGUGCUCGAUGGAUUCAGCACCAAGGAUAUCAGGCAAGGACGAUCGGCAAUGGGUAAUAUCAUCCCUGCAUCGACGGGUGCCGCACAGGCGGUGAUCAAAGUCUUGCCAGAAUUGGCUGGAAAAUUUCACGGAAUAUCCGUACGGGUGCCAGUCACAAACGUGUCACUCGUUGAUCUUACCGUCACUUUAUCAACUUCAGUCGCUUCAAAAGAGGACUUGAUCCGGCCGUUCCGAGCAGCAGCUGCCCGUCGACCGAUACAAUCCAGCACACCUCACCCUGAUGGUCCGGCUUUAGCAGGUGUUUUGGGAGUUUCUGAUGAGAAGCUCGUGUCUUCUGAUUAUCUCUCUUCAACACAAAGCAGUAUCCUUGAUGUCGAUGCCACUGUCAUGCUGAAUGACAGGACCGUUAAGAUUGUAGCUUGGUAUGACAACGAGUGGGGAUUCUCUUCACGAAUGUGCGAUCUUGUGGCAUAUAUGGCGAGACGCACAGAAGAAUAA